AUGGCCGAUCGUCCCUGGAAUGAUCCCGGACCAACUCGUGGCAACUCCCUGAACUUCCCUGGAGUAUCUCAAAUCGAUACCACAUUUGUCCAAGCCCUCGUAGACACGCGGACUGAGGUCCAGAAAUGGGCAAACCGUCCUGUAGAGGUCAGUCACACCGCAGGUUUUGGCAUCGGUACCCCAGCAGUCGAGCUUUCUAACGAAACCGCAUCUGUUGUACCCCACCGUGGCAGUCGCCGUGAGAAAUUGUUGGAUGAUGCCUCCAGUGUAGGCGUCGAAGACAUCGAAGCCCACAGCGAGUCUCUUCCUCCUACUUCGGGAACAGUGCCUAUUGUCCCCAUUGAAACCCCCUUCUUCCAUUUCGAUCUCAUUAGCGCUGUCCGCGCCGUGGAGGCUGGUGUGGAGAAACUUCGCGAGAGAGCUGAAACUCCACCGGCAAAAUAUAUCUGGUUGAACCAUCUAAGAUUGGACGACUGCACGAAGGGGUCCUACUUAUUUACGUGUGCACUCAGAUAA